GGCAUGAACUCGUUCGUCAACGACAUCUUCAAGCGCAUCGUGGGCGAUGCGUCGCGCCUGGCGUAUUACAAUAAGCGCGCGACCAUCACCUCCAGCGAGACCCGGACGGCCGUGCGCCUGCUGCUGCCCGGGGAGCUGGCCAAGCACGCCGUGUCCGAGAGCACCAAGGCCGUCACCAAGUACACCAGCUCCAAGUAAAUUUGGGUCCGCAAUAGCGUUAAGAAACCCAAAGGCUCUUUUCAGAGCCGCUCACGGUUUCAGUCAAAAGCUGUGCACUACUAGCAUGUGCCGUCUUUAGAAACUUGGUGUUCAAUUACCAUUAACCGGUAACCUAGUUACCGA